AGUCAUCAGCUUUUAACAAGUUUUAUGGUGACCACUUUUGCUGACUGUCAAAGAAUUUAUGCCGAUUGUCAAUUGACAUCGUCACCAUCAAGAGUUAUUGGCCACCAAAAGUCAAACACAACACAUCUUACCAUGAUAUUGCAAUCCAAUAAUGAUCCAACAGAUUUUUUCUCUCGUGUUGAUGACUUUUACAGGUCACUUAGAAAUAUUCAAUGUAAUCAAGCCAAGAGCAUCAUAUUUCAAGCCCAAGAG